GGGAAGCCAGGGCCGCCGGGCCGCGCGCCCCAAGUCGGAACCCGGCUCGAACCCCCAGCCCCUCAGAUUCCGUUGAAUUGCCGGAGCGCCCUCCGCGGGUAUGACUGUCCUGGAGCGGCAGCCCCUCCGCGUGAAAGACCUUGACCGCAGCCCCUUCUCCAGAUCAGAUUCUCCCGGUUCCUCCUACCACGCCCAUCGCUCGGACAGACGGAGCCAGCCCCGAGCCAGUUCCCGCGCGCCGCGCCCCUGUUCAAAGUGCGUGGGCGUGGCCCGCUCGGAGCCUAGCCAAUCGGAGUCCGCGCUCCUCCCGGGAGGCGCUCCGGACCAAUCACACCCUCGCGGGCGGGAGGCGGGGCGACGCAACUGUCGAGCUCGCGCAGGCGUGGUGCAGGCUGGUCGGCGCCUCUGCGCUGCGAGGGACGUCAGCGCAGGGAUCUCAGCCAGCGUUGAGUGUGGCGCCAGGAACCGUGUGUGGGUGAUUCUCCCUGGGGUCAUGCAGAGAGCGUCCCGUCUGAAGAGAGAGCUGAGCCUGCUGGCCGCGGAGCCGCCCCCGGGCAUCACAUGCUGGCAGGAUGGGGACCGAAUGGAAGAUCUGCGAGCUCAGAUAUUAGGUGGAGCAGACACACCUUAUGAAAAAGGUGUUUUCAAGCUGGAAGUUAACAUUCCUGAGAGGUACCCAUUUGAACCUCCUCAGAUCCGAUUUCUGACUCCCAUCUACCAUCCCAACAUCGAUUCUGCUGGAAGGAUUUGUUUAGAUGUUCUCAAGUUGCCACCAAAAGGCGCCUGGAGACCGUCCCUCAACAUCGCAACCCUGCUGACUUCUGUUCAGCAGCUCAUGGCCGAGCCCAACCCCGAUGACCCGCUCAUGGCCGACAUCUCCUCAGAGUUUAAAUACAACAAGCCCGUCUUCCUCAGGAAUGCCAGGCAGUGGACAGAGAAGCACGCGAGACAGAAGGUGGGGUGUCUGUACAGCUCUGAUUGCGCUCCUGUUGUUGCUCUGUUAAGCGCUGAUGAAGAAGAGACGCCUGAUAACCCCCCGGAGGCGGGUGACUCAGAAGGGCACAGCGAAGCACAGAAGAGGAAAGCCAGGCCCCUGGGCGGCGUAGAAAAGAAAUUCUGCCCUGACGUUUAGGGUGGGGUUUGUCCUGGCCCGUCUCAGUUAAUAGGUUCUUUGCCAGCAUGGUCCAAUUUGCUUCCGUUUCUGGAAUGUUUUUCUUUGUAUUUGAUGACAUUAUCGUUUUUAUAUCCUGUGAAACAGACCUUGUGUAUUUAUAUGUUCUGCUCUACAUUGAUUCUCUGAGUGCAGUUUGUUUUAUUUAGCUCAUACAUAUGUGUCCCCAAACUUGUAAACCUGGAAAAUAAAUAAUCAUCUAGUGUUGA